CGCGCGUCCGUGUGUGUCAGUGUGCGUGCGAGAACGAGACUGCAUCGCUGUUCAUUCAAUUCCGAUUCAGAAGCCGACACAGCGAGAUACUACCAUGGCCUCCGGGGUGACAGUGACGGAAGAUGUGCUCAAGGUCUUCAACGAGAUGAAGGUGCGGAAGGCGCAGGCGGGCGAGGAGGAGAAGAGGAAGAGGAAGAAGGCGGUGCUCUUCUGCCUGAGCGAGGACAAGAAGCACAUCAUCCUGGAGGAGGGCCGGGAGAUCCUGCAGGGCGACGUGGGCACCACCGUCCAGGACCCCUACUUGCACUUCGUCAAGAUGCUGCCGCCCGACGACUGUCGCUACGCCCUGUACGACGCCACCUACGAGACCAAGGAGAUGAAGAAGGAGGACCUGGUCUUCAUCUUCUGGGCUCCAGAGUCCGCCCCCCUGAAGAGUAAGAUGAUCUACGCCAGCUCCAAGGACGCCAUCAAGAAGAAAUUCACAGGUAUCAAGCACGAGUGGCAAGUGAACGGUUUGGAGGACAUCAAGGACCGGCGCACUCUGGCAGAGAAGCUGGGGGGCCAGUCAGUGGUUACCCUGGAAGGGAGCCCUGUAUAAAUCUAGUCCCAGGCUUCACCUGAGGCCUGUAGGAAACCAGAAUUCAAAAUUCCAUUGGGGGUUUGGUUGUUCAUUCCAAUAUGGGGAGGGGUAGGAGGGGAGGGGGGGAGGAAGAUAUAGAGGGAAAAGAGGGUGGGAUAUCAUUUUACGGGGUGGGAAAGGGGUCAAAUGUCUGACAAUUUCACAUUGUCGUAGGCUGUCAUUCCAAUUCAGACAAAUAAUGAACAACAAAAACAAAAAAACACAAAAAGUAAUUAAAAAAGAGACAAAAAAUGAGGAAGAUAAAAAAUGAAGUAUAAAUAAGAAAUUACAACUUUGAUGGACUGAGAACAGGUGUUGUUUCUGGUGCUUUGAAGGAAUGGAGGUUCUGUGGUAGUGAAGGGAGGAGAGAGCGAACAUGAGUGAUCCUUACAAUUCGCAAACAAUUGAAUAUUGCUGGAUACUCAAACGUAAUCACAUAACAUUUCUUUGCCAAACUUAUAGUUCUUAAGUACUUGUGUGUAGCUGAAAUUAGAUUAAAAUGCAACAAUUUACACAAUUGCAAUUCCUUUUUGGGCGACAUUUUGAAUUCAGUUGCAUUUCCUGUUUUGAAGUUCCGUUAAAAUCUUGAAUUCCAAAUCUUUUAAAGAUAUGAUUCCAGUUAAUUAUUUCUGAACAUUUCCAAGACAUUCAACAAAAAAAAAGUUGGUGAUCAAACAAAUGCAUUCCUUUUACAGUUACAAAUGAAGGACCGGACAGACUGAGGUGGUUAUUUGAGUUAACGAGAUGGAAUGAAGGGCAUUAGGAUGGGGAGGGAGGGACGUAGAUGGAAUGGCCUGUGAGAGAAAGUCAGGGUGGGGUGGGGUGGGGGGGGUUAGUAGUUGGAUGGAUGAUGGGUGUUUUGUUUCGUCUCCUUAUCUCUAAUAAAAAAGCACUAAACUUCA